GAGCAAAACCAGUUGUGCUAUUUCAAAGCCACAAGUAGUUCUAAUGGACCUUGUUCGUUGUUCUCUAACAUUUCCCCUGCAAAACCAUUACUGAACCAUCAUCUUCAUCAUCUCUUGGUGACACAGAAGAGAAAGAGUUAAGGAACAGAGCAAAAUAAUGGCAGCACAAGCACUUGUGUCUUCUUCACUUACCUCCUCUGUUCAGACCGCUAGACAGAUCUUCGGCACAAAACCAGCUGUGUCCACUUCACAGAGGAAGAGUUCCUUUGUCGUUAAGGCUACUUCAACUCCACCUGUCAAGCAAGGAGCAAACAGACCAUUGUGGUUUGCAUCCUCUCAGAGUCUCACUUACUUGGAUGGCAGCUUACCUGGAGACUAUGGAUUUGACCCGCUUGGUCUUUCAGACCCAGAAGGUACUGGAGGGUUCAUCGAGCCGAGAUGGCUAGCAUACGGAGAGAUCAUCAACGGACGUUUCGCCAUGUUGGGUGCAGCUGGAGCUAUUGCUCCUGAGAUUCUAGGCAAAGCCGGUCUGAUUCCAGCAGAGACUGCUCUUCCCUGGUUCCAAACCGGUGUGAUUCCACCUGCAGGGACAUACAGUUACUGGGCAGACAACUACACACUCUUUGUUCUCGAGAUGGCUCUGAUGGGAUUCGCUGAGCACCGGAGGUUGCAAGACUGGUACAACCCUGGAUCUAUGGGCAAACAGUACUUCUUGGGUUUAGAGAAAGGCUUUUCCGGUUCAGGUGAACCGGCUUACCCUGGUGGACCUUUCUUUAACCCUCUUGGGUUUGGUAAAAACGAGAAGUCCAUGAAGGAGUUGAAACUCAAGGAGAUCAAGAACGGUAGAUUGGCCAUGUUGGCCAUCUUAGGCUACUUUGUGCAGGGGCUAGUAACCGGUGUUGGACCGUACCAGAACCUUCUUGAUCAUUUGGCGGAUCCAGUCAACAACAAUGUCUUGACCAGCCUCAAGUUCCACUGAGAUGAUGAUGAUCAUAUCAUCUCAUGUGUUUUUAUGUUGGUCUCCAUUCUCUUGUAUCCUACUUUCUCUUUGGUACCAUCAGCUUCUUCGUAUUUGUAACACCCUGUGUAAAACAUAUUCGUCUUUUGUAAGAAAUGACAAUCUCAAUGGCCAUAAGAACAACUUCUAGGAUUAAA